CUCUGUGUCAUGCCGAUGUCGCUCGGCUCUCCAGCGGCUAGCUAGCUGCUAAUGUCGGAGCUGGCCGAUUCCUGCCCGUUUCCCCCUCGGCGCCACUUACAUCGUCAAAUAUCAGACACAGUGAAGCUGCGGCUGAGUGUCCUGCCGCUGACGAACGCGUCCUUGUGUCUGGGACGAUGAAUGGAAACCCUCCUUCAGCGGCGUGGAGAUGACCCUCUGCCCCUUUGGGAAUGGUCAGAAUGGGGCCAGAUGUGCCCCUUCUUAAUGAGUACAAGCAAGAGUUCUUCUGGAAGCGCUUCCCCCAGACAUUGUUGGGGGGUCCACGCUUCAAGUUGGGUUACUGCGCCCCGCCAUAUGUCUAUGUCAACCAGGCAGUCUUGUUCUUGACGCCAUGGCUCUUUGGAGGUGUUGGCACUCUGCUCUGCCAGCUGCAGCUGCUUCAGGAGCUCCAUGCCGCCGUGCUCUCUGGUAUGCUCAUGUUCGGGGCUGCAGCGGGUGUCCAGGCCCUGGCAUUGUAUGCAGCUCACAGAAGCGGCACGGUGGAAAGACUCGGUGCGCCAAACAUCCUGGUUGAUGAAGAGGAAGUGGAAUUCACCCACUGUGUCAGCCCAGAGACGGUCCGUUUCAUCGCUCCUGGGAAGAGGUUUGGGCUGAAUGUAGUGUUGCAUUCAGUCCUAGCUGGGUUGCUCUGUGGCUUUGGAACAUGGUACGUGUUCCUUGGCAGACUGAGUGCUCUCUACAGCAGCAUUGGUGUGUCCCUGGUAGUCUUUGUACUGAGUUGGGUGACAUUGUGUAUAGCUGAGUAUUCCCUCAUUGUAAAUACGGCCACAGAGACGGCCACUUUCCACGCACAGGACACUUAUGAAGUUACCCCGCUCACCCGGCCCCUGUACAUUUUUAUUUUCAUCGCUGUGGACCUUGCUGACAGAUUCUCAGGCUCUGCACCUGAGCUCCAUCUCGCCAGUCAGGUUCUCCAUGUGCUGUUCCUCUUCCUACCUCUGCUGUGGGCUCUGGGUAUACUGCCUCCCCUGGAUGCCCUGCUCCUCUGGGGCAUGGAGCAGGCGCUUGUGCUUGGCUUUGGAGGCUCCCCCAUGUCUAGCAACCUCAGGCUGCUGCUGAUGUUUGGUGUAUCCGCCAGCGUAGCUGUGUGUAAUUACUUCAUCCCAUCAACACUGGGUGUGGUUCUCUUCUCCAUCUCUGCGGGAUUUUUGCUGAGCUUGGACCUCAGCCAGGUCGGCACCCUCUGCCGGGGGCCCCGGGCAGCCUUCGGCGACCGUGGAUUUCGCAGAGGGGGGUCGCCACCUCCUCCUCCCAGUUCUUUUGGCUGGAAUCUGGGCUGCAGGGAGCUGCUGCUAUAUUUGAGCCUACUACUGGUGGCAAUGGCAGAGGCCGGGCUGUUACAUCACUUCCUCGGUUCAGCUCAGUCCCAGAGCUUGGUCACAGGACCCCAGGCUCUUGUCAGCUACCUACUCCUCAUACUCUUCUGCCUCUGCUGGGCUCUCAGAGAGAUCCAGGGGGCCUAUGUAUUUGGAGGAGUGUUCCUCAAUCCCCUGUACCCAAAGGGGAUGUCCAGUGUACAGACUUUUAAGCAGAGGAACAGAGGAUUAUACAUCGCUGCAGCAAUCAGAAGAGUCCUUCUUUAUCUUGUGUCUCCGUUUGCCAUGGUUGCUUUCUUGUCUAUGGACAAAUCUCUGCAGCUGCUCCACAGGGCGUCCCUCAGUGUGGGAUUCGCACGAGCCUUCAGAGUGUUGUGGCAGAGCUCAGAAGACGCUCUGCUCCAAAUGGUGGUGGUGGUCCUGGUGCGGCUUGCAGCUGGAAACAAAGUGCUGCCGGGGUGGGACAACCUGGGAACCGGAGUUCAGCUUCUUCUGGUGGGCCUUGUGAUUGACAGACUGACCCAGUUCCUGGCCAAGCUUAAGUUCACCCUGACUGUGUUGGUGACGUCUUGGACAGAGAAGAAGCAGCGCCGUCAGUCGGCUGGAACUCUCUUGGCUCUGAACGCCUCUCUGUGCCCGCUGCUGCUGGCAGUGGUGGCGCUCUCUGCCCUGCUCUCUGCCCCUCUGCUGCCCCUCUUCACCCUGCCCAUCUUCCUGGUGGGCUUCCCAAGGCCUCAGCGCAGUUGGCCAGGGCCUGUGGGUACGGCUUGUCCCUGCACGGACUCUAUCUUCUACCAGCAGAUGAGCGGUAGUCUGGCCUCAGCUCUGAGGACAGCCUUUGCGAGAGGGUCACUGGGUUCUUUAGCCCCAGGCUCUCAUUUCCUCGGCCGCUUUCAGGACCGUAUGGUUUGGAUAAUGAUCCUGGAGAGAGGAUACGGCUACUGUACAGUCAACAUUAAGGGUCUGGAGUUGCAGGAGACAUCUUGUCACACAGUGGAGGCACGGAGGGUGGAUGAGGUGUUCGAGGCGGCUUUUGAGCGGCCCGAGAGGCUCGGCUUCACUCAGGGAUUUAACCUGCACUGGGGGAACGCCCUCACCCCUUGUGCCGCCCUCGCAGUUCGAGUCUACUCCGAUGCCCGGAAUGUGCUCUCCGGCAUCAUUGAUUCUCAUGACAACUUGAGGAAACUUCAAGAUGACUUUCUCAAAGUGUUGGUCUGGUUGCUCCUUCGAUACUGUGUUCAGAAGCACAAAGGGUUCCUGUGGAGCAGCGACGACGGGCCAGGGGUUGGAGGCAGGAAGUCCCAGUCUUCUCAGCUGGCCCACACUACCUGCAACCAACCACCUGAGGCUGUCGUGGUUGAAUCAAACGUGUCUUCUCUCAGGUUUAGACAAGACAGCUCCAGCUUGACCUCCCUUGGUGAUUGGUCAGAUGAGGAUGAUUUAUUUGGACCUCAACAGGCCAGGCGGACGGUGGCUUUAGUGACUGCAGAAGCUCAGCCUGGACUCACGGCGCUGCAGACAGGGGCGUCUCUGCCGGGCUCUGUGGAGAUGGGGAGUCUCUUUGAAAACAUGGCUCUCUCUGCCUUGCAGCCUCUGCAGCCUCUGGGACUGGGCAUCGGGAUGCCAGCUGUGGAUAGAGGCCGGAACACAGAGGUGUUCAGAGAGAGUCCCAACUCAGUCCCUCAUCUGAACUUCAGCUGCCCUCAGUCAGAGGUUUUCAACCUACCGACAGGGUGGAGGACUGCACCGCUGCUACCAUCCCGCCUGCUGCAGCUCAGGCCUUUGUUUCCAGAGGACUGGUUUCGGUUUACCCUGGGGCGCUUCGGGCCUGCUGUGCAGGGCGAGAGCUCAGAGGACAUGACCAAAGCCCUGAAGGAGGAUGAAGCUUUGAAAGAACUGCACGCUCAAGUCGCACUCUCCUGUCUCAUCUCACUGGGGGCAGAGUCGGCCUUCACCAGUCCCAGUUACGUCUACAGGCUCUACUGUGGAGAUGUGCCAUGGACAGAAGGACUGGAGUGGCUCUCUUCAAGUAAAGAGCUUUAUCAGCUCUCUCUUCAGGCUUUCAGGUUCAGUUUCAAGCUGCUGUUUGAUCAAGCAAGCCUGGGGCCCAUGGAGUCCCUGGAUGAAUUGUUCAGCACCUUGGAGGAAUAUGAAAGGGAUUGGUACAUUGGCCUGGUGACAGAAAAAGGCUGGCAUGACAGUGUCCUUCAGGAGAAACCCUUCCUAUUCUCUCUAGGACAUGACCUAGCUAUGGGUACCUACACAGGACGAGUCCUGUCCCUGCAGGAGCAGCUGGUGCAGGUGGGCCGUCUGAACGGAGAGGGGGUACGAGGCCAGUGGGCAAACCUUUCCUGGGAGCUCCUGUAUGCCACCAAUGACGACGAGGAACGUUACAGCAUCCAGGCUCACCCCUUCAUGCUCAGAAACUUAACUGUUCAGGCAGCCGAUCCCCCUUUAGGGUAUCCCAUUUACUCCUCAGCCCCCCUCCACUUCCCCUGCCUCUGAACAUAAGAACAUACUCUGAAGUGGGAAGGGGCUGCUUUUCAGUCAGUCUCACAGCAAGACCUCUAUUUCCAAAGGUAAUGAUUAUUAGGAAGUUUAUGUGGAAACUAUAGCAAAAUCAAGAGAAGAAUUCAAAUGGUUUUAGAGUUUUAAUUUUAAAACUGUUGACUCUUGAGUUCAGAAGAGUGAUGUCUGUGUGGGAAACUUUGUUGUUUUUCAACUUUAAUAAAAAUAAUUUUUGGUGCUUCACUUCCUGAACCACAGAGGAAGAAGCCGUGGCGUCACCACUGUUCUCUUUUUACAAAAUCUUGUGACCAGACUUUAACUGACGAUGUGGACAAUUUCACAGAACAGCACGUUAAGAUAAACUCCCUUCAAACAUUUGUAUCUUGAAUGUUUUGAUCAUUGACAGGUUUCCACUGAAGCACAUAUGUUUUUUUGUUUUUUUUCAUGUUAAUGGUUGUGAAGAAGUUUAAAAAUGACCCACCCCCUCCCCUGAGAGAUGCCUGUGGAAUACCUCUGGUUUUAUUGUACUUUAUAGAUUUCAGUUUUCAGGUGAUUUCCCCUCCUCGUUCCACAAAAAAAGGGACAAUUCUAAAGUUUUGUUAAAAAAAUAUCAAGGAUGUGCCUUGGGUAUGUCUUGCUGUAUGUGUAAGGUGUUUAGUGCUCUUGUUUUGUUUACAAUUCACUUGUUUACAGUCUAGAAUGAAGAAUUCUAUGAAAAUGUCCACAGUCUCUUGUACAUAUUGUUGUUUUUUUAUAUGUUUAACUGUAUAUACUUAUAAUAAAAUAGCUUGGCAGAGGCUGAAAACUAUCAAAA